CCUCCCCUGGGUGGGUCCCGGCUCCUUUUCUGGCAGAGUCUAUCUGCAUAGAGGAAACUGCCCAAAGUGGCUGUUGUGGAGUUGCCGGCGGAGGGGAAGGGGGCGUGCGCCGCAAUCCGCUGCUGCCUGGAGGCCAAGCCCUGCGCCUGGCAGACCUCGUGCCUCGGGUUCUCUGCCUGCUCCCGGCGCGCUCAGUCUUCAACCCCAGCUCUGCACCGCCCCCUCGGACAGCACACGCCAAGAUCGCGCCAUGAGCCCGGGCGAGCGCGACGGCGGCAGCACACGGAAGGGCGGCCCGGCUGGCGGCGGCGGGGGUCGCCCGGCGAUGGCGGUGGGAGCCUGGGCGGUGAGCGCGCUGUGCCUGCUGCUCUCCAUGGGCUCAGCGGCCGCCUGUCUGCUGCUGGGCGUCCAGGCGUCGGCGCUGCAGGGCCGGGUGGCAGCGCUCGAGGAGGAGCGGGAGCUGCUGCAGCGCACGGGGCCCCCGGGCGCCCUGUCUACCUGGGCGGAGCCGCACUUGGAGCGCUUGCUGCGCGAGAAGUUGGAGGGACUAGUCAAGCUCCGGACUGUUCGGGAAGCACCAUCGGAAUGCGCCUGCCCUCCGGGGCCCCCUGGACGGCGUGGCAAGCCUGGAAGAAGAGGUGAUCCCGGUCCUCCAGGGCAAUCAGGACGAGAUGGCUACCCGGGACCACUGGGUCUGGAUGGAAAGCCAGGACUUCCCGGCCCCAAGGGAGAAAAGGGUGCACCAGGAGACUUUGGACCCCGGGGAGACCAAGGGCAGGAGGGGGCUGCUGGGCCUCCAGGGCCCCCUGGGCCUCCUGGGGCUCGGGGCCCUCCUGGCGACACAGGGAGAGAUGGACCCCGGGGAGCACCAGGCCCAGUGGGUCCCAAAGGAGAAGCUGGACAAGACGGUGAGACGGGCCCAAAGGGACCUCCAGGGCCCAAGGGUGAGCCCGGCAUUCCUGGAAAGAAGGGGGAUGACGGGACGCCAAGCCAACCAGGGUUCCCUGGACCUCCAGGGCCCAAGGGCGAGCCGGGGAGCGUGGGGCCACGGGGAGAGAAGGGCGUGGACGGUGUCCCAGGGACAAAGGGGGAGCCCGGCCAGCGAGGAGCCGAUGGAGCCUCAGGGCUGCGGGGUCCCCCAGGCCUCAAGGGUGAGCAAGGAGACACGGUGGUGAUUGACUACGAUGGCAGGAUCUUGGAUGCCCUUAAGGGUCCUCCCGGCCCACCAGGGCCUCCAGGAAUCCCCGGAGCCAAGGGUGAGCUCGGAUUGCCCGGUGCCCCCGGAAUCGACGGAGAAAAGGGUCCCAAAGGACCAAAAGGAGACCCAGGAGAGGCUGGGCCAACUGGACCCAAAGGGGAAGCAGGCGAAAUGGGCCUGUCUGGCCUCCCGGGUGCCCACGGCCCCAAGGGGGAGAAGGGAGAGCCGGCACCUGACAGCCUACGAGAGAGCCUGGCCCAGCUCAUAGUGGAGCCAGGGCCCCCCGGCCCUCCUGGUCCCCCAGGCCCCAUGGGUCUUCAGGGAAUCCAGGGUCCCAAGGGCUUGGAUGGAGCAAAGGGAGAGAAGGGCGAGUCAGGGGAGAGAGGCCCCAGCGGCCUGCCUGGGCCAGCUGGUCCACUAGGCCUUAUUGGGCUGCCAGGAGCCAAAGGAGAGAAGGGCAGACCCGGGGAGCCAGGGCUAGAUGGUUUCCCUGGACCCCGAGGAGAGAAAGGCGACCGGAGCGAACGUGGAGAGAAGGGAGAGCGAGGCAUCCCUGGCCGGAAAGGAGUGAAGGGCCAGAAGGGCGAGCCGGGACCACCAGGACUGGACCAGCCAUGCCCUGUGGGCACUGACGGGCUGCCCGUGCCUGGCUGCUGGCAUAAGUGAUCAGAACCCAGCUCACUGCCUGUACAGAUCCAUGUGGACAUUUUUAAUUUUUGUAAAAACAAAACAGUAAUAUAUUGAUUUUUUUUUCAUGGGAUGCACUGCCUGUGGCCUUUAACCUUUGAGCAUGUGCCCGGCCCAGCCCCAGAACAAUCAGCAUGUGAAGCUGGCAGGAACGUGGACAGGCCAAUCAGGGAAUUGUGUACUUGAGGGACAAUCGUAGGAUUUGGUGCCUGGCUCAGACGAAGUUGCAAAGAUGCCGGGUUGGGCCUUCAGUCACCUGAUUAGCAGAGCGUCUGGCUGCCCAGCUGCCCUACAAGAGCCUGCUCCCUAAAACCCCAGAGCCCCCCGGGGGGGCACCUGGGGCAUGGACGCCCUGCAGCUGCUCCAGCCUCUUCAGCCAGAGCCAGCUGCUCACCCUCCCGGACCCUGGGUUCACCAGGAAGGACAAGCCUCCCACUUGCAGCUGGGUACUGGGAGCUGUAGAAAGCACCCCAGGCAGGUCUAGCUCUCACCAAGUUCAUUAGGCCUCGGGAAGCCAGCCUGUUUGAGAACACAUGUCCUCUGGCCAGGAGUACAGGCCAAGCACUGUGAUCACCACCACAUGGACCCAACUGCAAGGAGCCCCAUGGUGACCAAGUGUGGAGGGUGGCAAGGCCCAUGCUGGAGUGACUGCUGCUUCCUGUCUGUCCCCCCCACCCCAGAACAGGGGUGUGAUGAGACUUUGCCGCCGGAGGAGAUGGGCCUCUAGCUCAGAGCUUGGGUCUCACUGGCCCCAGUCUCCCACCCAGGAGCACUCUGGUCCGCUAGCCGAAAGUGGUCUUCCGGGUGAACUGUACAGAUGAAGAGAAUCCCGGUGUGGUUCCCAGCCGGCCCGAGCAGGGGGCCUGCGACCUGAGCCUCGCGCUCGAAGGAAAGGCCUCCCCACCUGUGACAAAGGUCCCAGCCACCAGCUCUGGCCCAGCGACUUGCCUGCCCUCUCUGUGUAGAUAGGUAUUGCUGUGUGUAAUAAACCAUGAAUUUGUGUCUG